UUCUAUAAAUCUACAAACACAUCCAAAUCCAGUCUCACACUUGGGAUCCUCCAGUAACCUCUGUUCCGAUUAUCAACAACCCCCAAUUCUUUUCUCUUCAAAAACAAAAAAAUCAUCAUCGUACAUCCAUUCCAAUCGAAUCUCACAUCCGGGUUUCAUUCAUUGCCGAACAACAAUCGAAGAUGGACAGUGGUGGGGUUGUUUCUGCGACCGAUCAGCAGAUUAUGGUCUCUUCGUUUCUUGAAAUUGCUGUUGGUCAGACUGCUGAUACUGCCAGACAGUUUUUACAGGCUACAAGCUGGAAGCUUGAGGAAGCUAUUCAACUUUUUUAUGUAGGAAACGACGGUGGAGCAGCCGCAGCAGCUGCAUCAUCUCCUUAUGUUCCGCCACUAGAUAAUGAUUUACCCGACCAAAUCACGGGAGGCUCGGAGAACGAUGCAGGACCUGAAAAUGCUAGAGAACAUGAUAGCAGUGAGGUUCGUGCACCCUUACCGGUGAAAAGGGAUGUUCUUUAUGAUGCUCCAACGCUCUAUGGAGGGUCAAGACGGGGGUACAAUCGACGUGAAGCACAGACAGUUGAUCCCUUCCGGAACUUUGAUGAGGAAUUAAAACGGCCCGGAGUAUGGGAAGCAGGUCAAGGUGCUACAUCAACGGCUGAUACUUCUCGAGAUAAUCUUGCUACAUUAUACCGCCCUCCUUUUGCUUUGAUGUUUCAUGGCUCAUUUGAGAAGGCAAAAGAAGCUGCUAAAACCGAAGAUCAAUGGCUCCUAGUGAACUUACAAUCUACCAGAGAAUUUAGCUCACACAUGCUUAACCGAGAUACAUGGGCCAAUGAAGCUGUUUCUCAAACAAUCACUUCCAAUUUCAUAUUUUGGCAGGUAUGCGAUGAUACAGAAGAGGGCAGCAAGAUAAAAACAUACUACAAAUUGGACUCUGUUCCCGUAACUCUCGUCAUCGACCCUGUCACGGGUCAAAAAAUGCGCUUAUGGCGUGGUAUGAUUCAACCAGAAAGUUUAUUAGAGGAUUUGCUGCAAUUCAUGGAUGGUAGCCCAAAGAAUCAUCAUUUCACCUUGUCCCACAAACGUCCAAGAGAAAAUUCGGAGGGCCCACCUCCCAAAAUCCAAGCUGUGUCAGUUGCUGCGGAUGAAACAAGUGAAGAAGAUGAAGAUACGCGGUUGGCGAAGGCAUUAUCUAUGGAACCGACAAUAAAAGAUAGCAUUAGAGAAACCUCAAAAGAUUCAGAUGCUACAAAUACCGAAACAGAAAUCCAAAAUUCUGAAAAACACAAUUAUCCACCAUUGCCCGAAGAACCCAAAGGUGAUCGCAGUUUGCUUUGCAGGGUUGGAGUCCGUCUUCCAGAUGGACGCAGACUUCAGAGGAACUUUUUACUCUCCGAUCCAAUACAAUUGUUGUGGUCAUUCUGCUAUGCGAAUCUGGAGGGUAGUGAGGGAAAGCGGUUUCGAUUGACUCACGCAAUCCCGGGUGCGGUCAAGGGUUUGGACUACGAGAGCAAGUCAACGUUUGACCAGUCGGGGCUGGCCAAUUCCAUGAUUUCGGUUACUUGGGAAUGAUAAUGAUAUGAUUUUUGAAUCGAAUAGUUUUGGAUUCAACUUCUAGAUUCUCCUUUGACCUUUUUUUGUCAACUCAAUUGAGUCCCUUAUAUUUUAUAUUUUAUGUAUAAUCUGCUGUUUUUGUGUAUAUAUAUUUUUUAAGUUA